AUGGCUCCAAGAACAAGAAGCGCCUCACGGCCAAGAAGAAGCUCAAGAAUCGUGGCAAAGCCAACUGCCAAUAAGACCGCCGAGCAGAAGAAGAAGCCGGCGCCCAAGAAGGCUGCCGCAAAGCCUCAGGGCAUCAGCAAGCGCGCCCCGAAGAAGGCUACCCCCAAGAAGUCCGCGCGCGCCAGGAAGCCCGCCGCUAAGAAGUCCGCGCCCGCCACUGUCCUCGCGCCCGCCACUGUCCUCGCACCCGCCGCCGUCCCCACGCCCGCUACUUUCCUGCCACCCGCCGCUCUUCCCACGCCCGCCGCUGUCCCCGCUCCCCCGUCGCCUCCUCCGCCUCCUCCGUCUCCUCCGUCUCCUCCGUCUCCUCACCCGGCCCCAGCCUUCGUCUUCGCUCCCACCCCGGGCACCACCAGAUAUACUUACCAUCUCCCCGCCGAUGACUCGGUCAUCCAUGCACUCAAUGAGAGCCUGGUGGCGUGCCCGGAGCCGUCGGGUAAGUUGGAACGCUACGCGUUCCGCAACGAGGUUUUCCGUCGGGGUGAGAUGCCCGGUAUAAAGAUGCACAUCGAGGUCCCGGACACCUUGGGCUUCCUCGAGUGGCCCGAGGAGCUCAGGUGUCGGGCCCCUGGCUGGGAGGGGUAUGUCGGAGCGGAAAGGGCACGCAGCCUCGCUGCUUUGCGGGGUUACAAGAAAGAGACAGUUGAGGAGAGCGAGGAGAGCGAAGAGAGCGAGCAGGAGGAGGAGCUGUCCUCGGGUGAAGAGGAGGAGCUGUCGCCAGGAGAAGUGGAGGAGCUGCCGACGGGAGAGGAAGAAUCAGUUUAG